AUGUCUUCUGCAUUUCAAGGACCUAUUCCAACACCACAACCAUAUGGUUCUCGACCAAGAUCAUAUGGUGGUGUGAGAUCAUAUGGUGGUGCGAGAUCAUAUGGUGGUGCGAGAUCAUAUGGUGGUGCUAGACGACCAUAUGGUAGUGUUAGACCAUAUCGUAGUGUAAGACCAUAUGGUGGUGUAAGACCAGGAGCUCCAGGCUUAGGUGGUUCAUCCGGUGCCGGGGCUGCACUUAGUGGUGCUCUCGGUGCUCUUGGUGGCACUCUUGGUUGUCUUCUAUGUUUAGCAGCUAUUGGCGCAUUGGGCUUAUUCGCUUGUUUCAUUGCUCUAGCAGCUUACGCAAAACAAUUUCUUACUGCAUACAAGAAAGCUGAAGGAAUUAAUGGUGCAGAUGGACAAACACAAAUUGGCCUUAUGCUUCUAUUUGCCUCACUUUUCUAUACUGUCGUCUGUCGUAUACAACGAAGUUAG